AUGACACCCGUUGGCAAAGGUCCUCGAAGACAAAAGUCAUUUUCUCGAUUUCAUUCUAGCAAUGAUCUUGACAGGUUGUCAAGCAUGAGUAGUGGUAGUACUAACGAACCAAUGGUACUAGAACCAUUGCCCAAGUUUAGUGAAGUCCCCGCUAACAAACGCACUGACUUAUUUCUGAAAAAGUUGAACCAGUGUCAAAUGAUAUUUGAUUUUGCUCAACCUUCUACUGCUACUACUAGUACUGGUCAUAGUGAUGCUAAGACAACAAUGAUAGAACAAAGGAACCUUAAAGAAAAAGCACUGGUGGAUAUGUUGGAGUAUGUAGCCACAACAAAAGGAGCUAUUACAGAUGCCAUUUAUCCAGAUGUUGUCAUGAUGUUUUCUAAAAAUUUAUUUCGUACGAUACCCCCACCUAUAUACAGAGAAGAAGGCUAUGAUCCUGAAGAUGAUGAACCUACACUAGAGGCGGCCUGGCCCCAUCUUCAACUUAUCUAUGAAUUUUUUUUAAGAUGCGUCGAAUCACCCGAUUUUAACGUACAGGAAGCCAAGAAGUAUAUCGACCAGAGAUUCAUUCUUCAGCUUUUAGAGUUAUUUGACAGUGAAGAUCCCCGUGAACGUGAUUUCCUGAAAACUACGCUUCAUCGAUUGUACGGCAAAUUUCUCCAUUUGCGAGCUUUUAUUCGGAAAUCCAUCAACCACAUCUUUUUGCAGUUUAUUUAUGAGACGGAAAGGUUCAAUGGCAUUGCAGAAUUGUUGGAGAUUUUAGGGAGUAUCAUUAACGGAUUUGCCUUGCCUUUAAAAGAAGAACACAAGGCGUUUUUGACAAGAGUGUUGUUGCCUUUACACAAGCCAAGGCCCAUAACGACAUACCAUCCUCAGUUAGCUUAUUGUGUCGUGCAGUUCUUGGAAAAAGAUCCAACACUUACGAAAACGGUUGUGGAUGGUAUCCUGCGCUACUGGCCAAAAGUAAAUAGUAUAAAGGAAGUCAUGUUUCUGAAUGAAAUAGAAGAGAUCCUCGAUAUCACAGACAAUAUCCAAUUCCCUAAAAUCAUGGUGCCCGUUUUUCACAAGAUCGCGCAGUGUAUAGCAAGUUCUCAUUUUCAAGUAGCAGAGCGGGCUCUCUAUAUCUUUAAUAAUGAGUUCAUCAUGAGUCUUGUACAUGAGAACGCGCAAGUGAUAAUGCCAAUGAUGUUUGAACCAUUAUAUGAACACUCAAAAGAACAUUGGAACAGGACAAUUCAUAAUCUAGUGUAUUCUGCCUUGAGAACAUUCAUGGGCAUGGAUCCCUCCUUAUUUGAACAAUGUACAUAUCAAUACAAUAACGAAAAAAAGUAA